AUGAGUGCGCUUACCCGAACAAUACUAAGCAUAAUACUAAUAAUCACAGUACAAGAGAGCAAUGAAGCAGCAAAUCCUCAGCUUUGCAACUUAAAUGCAGAAAAUAGCCAACCUCCGCUGCAUGGAAAUCAAGAUGAAAUUGUAUCUUUUAUUUACGAGGCUAACGAGAAGAAUAAUAAGAAGCUAAAUGACACCUCAUUUAAUGAAAAUCAAAACGAGCACACAUUAAUUGACCCGAUAGUAAGCAUUUUCUUUGAUGCGCUGCUUAUUGAAAGUCAGUUCGAUAAUGUCUUAAUGAACAGCUCUUUAGAUACUUUCAGUGGAGUUAUUCUACUGAAGAACAAGGAAGAUUCAGACUCUAAAGAAAAUGAAAUGCUCUUUAAACACAACAAUAUUUCAAAUGAAUGUAAACCAUGCUAUAUCACAUGUAAAGUCUUUCCAGACUAUUGCUAUAGUAAAAAUCCGCUAAAAAGAAGCUGUAUACUACUAGUGAAUUUUAACUUAAAAGAAGAAAAAGAAUUUCAUAAGGAGGCCUUAAUGUACAUGGCAAUGUAUCCUCAUCCCAAUACUAAGUUUUUUGGAUGGUACAGACCUCUUGUUGUAACUACAGAGAAAAAUGCAAUGGGUGAAGAAAUAAUUGUUAUUAAAUACAUAAUGAAUGAUAAUAGUAAGUCUAUAGCCAAAAUGGGUUUUAUAAAAAACAAUAUUCUUCCUUAUCAGCUUAUCUACACUGUUGGAGGAGGAUGUCUUCCCAUGUCUUAUGUAAAUGCGAAUAGAUUUACAUGGCUUCCUAUUCACUACACACCAGAAAAUAAAUAUGCACUCUCCAACCUCAUAAGGAGCCAUCAAAUGAAAGCACUAAAAUCAUCAAGAAAAUUGUAUGUUGCGUCAAUAAUAAGAAAUGGAAAUGGAAUGCACUUCAUAAAUGAGAUUGAUGCAGCUAGUGUGCACUCUUAUUAUAAUCGCAUCUACAACAUUCUUACGCAUAGUGAUAACAAAAGCAUCGUUAUAAGCAUAAAAUUAUCUGAUGAGUCAUUCAGAAUGGUCUUACUAAGCUAUAUCUAUCUUGAAAAAUUUAUUGCAAAUUCCUGGUUCGAUCAUCUGCAGAAAUACAAGCCAGUUCCUUUAGUAACAAAUAGAAAUUAUAGCAAUGAGAAUGAUGAAAAAAUAAAGUGCACUGGGAUUUUAUUUAUGAAAUCUUCUAGGUUAGAAAAUCAGGGGGAAAUAACAGUGGAUCUCAACAUGCUAGAAGAAAGUUUAGAUCUAUAUAGAAACACUCUACUAAUCUGGAAGGACACUUUCAAUGAGAACAUCGCAUGGAUAAGAUUUAAUAAAAAUCUCAUGACAGAAAACAUGAUAUCUCAUAUAGAGAGAAAAUACUAUGCUAGCGAGCUAGAGCUGAUCCAAUGCAAGAAUCUAUUUAAGAUAGAUGAAAGAAUGUACUAUGAGAAUAUAAUUUUAAUCUCGUAUAACAUAAAGGAAUUCAGUUUUAAGGACCUUUUAGGCUCAAUAUUCUCUGAUACUGGAUGUGAAUAA